AUGCUGCCAAUUCUGAGAUCCGUAAUCUCUCGAUCUGUUGUGUCUCGCCAGAGUUUCAGCACUGCAUCACCACCUGUUAACGCUUUGAAGGAUGCAGAAAAGACAUUCGGUACUAUAUCGAAGAGUCCGCUGUCUGACACCGGAAAAGCUUCGAAGGAUGCAGUUGGUAUUAGGUCGACGAGUUCCGGUAUCGAUUAUGUGUUGGCUGGAUAUGCCAUUUACUCUUCCUGGGAAUGUAUGGAAAUGAUGGAGUACUCUGGAACGUUAACUUGUUGUAUUAUGCGGAAAAGAAAAACCUCAUAA